AUGAAACAAGUUAACAAACUCCCCUUGACAAGCCAAUGCCAUCACUGGACUCGUCUAAAUGAGGUGCCCUGGGAUCUUCAAAAGUACUGGCAGCAAAGAUACACCAUCUUCCCUUACUACGAUGAGGGCAUUCACAUGACUGAGAAUGCCUGGUUUGGCGUCACUCCUGAACCAGUUGCCAUUCAAAUCGCCAAAGAUCUUGACGCUAUUGUUGACCCAUCAAAGAAAACGGUCAUUGAUGUAUUUGCUGGCGUAGGGGCAAACGCCAUUAGCCUUGCUCUCGCUACCACUGAAGAUGGGACAACUCCUCGUUGGGAUACAGUGAUUGCCAUCGAGCUAGAUGCUCCAACACUAGCUUGUGCGCAGCACAAUGCAUCCAUAUAUGGUGUCGCUGACGACAUCAUCUGGAUUCUGGGUGAUAACUUCAAGUAUCUCGACGCACUUUUGAACUCGCCAGAGCAACUUGAACCCGACCUGCGGGUGGAUGUGGCGUCCACCGUCUUGUUUGCAUCACCACCCUGGGGCGGGCCAGGAUAUAGGACUGAUGAAAUCUUCGAUCUAAACACCAUGGAACCCUAUAACUUGGCCCAAUUGCACGGCGCGUAUAGAAACAUGGAUCAUGCUCUUUACCUGCCACGCACAAGCGAUUUGAGACAGAUUGCCAAGCUGGUUCCUGAUGGGGAUAAGAUCGAGGUGGUUCAGUAUUGCGUCGAAGGAGCGAGCAAAGCAAUGGUGGCCUAUAUGCCUGCGGCCGAGGACGAGGAUGAAGACUCUGAAGAUUUCGAGGAUUCCCAAGAUUCCCAAGAUUCCCAAGAUUCCCAAGAUUCCCAAGAUUCCCAAGAUUCCCAAGAUUCCCAAGAUUCCCAAGGUUCCCAGGAUUCCCAGGAUUCCCACAUGGAAACAUAG